GACGAGACUUGCAGAGCUCGCUGCUCUGACCGUUGCCGUGAGCCGGGCUGCCAGAGCCAUGGGAAACAGCGCGGCAAUGAGCUGCUGCCGGCGUGUCACCGAGCUGCUUUUCCCAGCGCGUGGCUGCAGCCUGCCCCAUGAGCGCUCGCCCCUCCUGCUGAAGGCCCCGCCGAGUGCAGCCGGCCCUGUGGACGCGCUGGGAGCUUCGUGGGGCUCUGUGCCGUUCCCCGAUGUCAUCCCCAGCGCAGCGGCGGGAGGAGGCCUGCAGGAACGCCUCGAAUGUGCCCAGGCCCUGCCUGAGGGCGAAGCUGUGGUGGCCGCAGCCUGUGGCGACAGCUGUUCUGGAGCUGGCGGUGCUGCCCCGCUCCCUGCCGCCGUCCUUCCCACUGACCUUGAGGAAGGGCCGUUGGAGCCACUGGGCUGUGCCGUGCUGCCUGCGGCCUGCCAGUGCCACGUGAAACAUGAGGACGGUGCUGUGGCGUGCAGUGCAGGGCCUGGGGCGGCCUGCGGGGUUCUGACCUGCAGCAUGCAGCCAGCGGGCCCCAGGCCGGGCGCAGCCUCACUGCUGGGUGAUGGGUCACAGCGUGCUGCCUCUUCGGAGAGCCCUGACACGGCACAGUCAGUGAGGACCGGAGGGGCCCUGCAUGGCCACGGCGUGGCUGCACCGUCUGCGCUUGGCUGGGAGAAGGCCGCUGGGAGGGGGGCUGUGCGCUCCAGGAACCCCAGAGCUGCAGUGCAGCAAUCCAAGCAGCAGAAGAGGAGGAAAAAGAGGAAGCUCCUUCUGUUAGAGCACCCACCUGGCGUGGCACUUGUCAACGGCAGUGGCCCCCACGAGAGCCUGAAGGGUGAGAAGGAUGCCAGGCAGAACGGACAUGAGGAGGCUGAUGCAGGGGAAGAUGGGAACGACCAGGAGGUCAUUGUCAUCCAAGACACAGGAUUUACUGUCAAGAUCUGUGCACCUGGGAUAGAGCCCUUCUCCCUGCAGGUCUCUCCUCAAGAGAUGGUGCAAGAGAUCCACCAAGUCUUAAUGGACCGUGAGGACACCUGCCAUCGGACCUGCUUCUCCCUGCAACUGGAUGGGAAUGUCCUUGACAAUUUUGCUGAGCUGAAAACUAUUGAAGGACUGCAGGAGGGCUCGCUGCUGAAAGUGGUGGAAGAGCCGUACACGGUGAGAGAGGCCAGGAUACAUGUGCGUCACAUUCGGGACCUUCUGAAGAGUCUUGACCCUUCAGAUGCUUUCAAUGGUGUGGACUGUAAUUCUCUGUCAUUCCUGAGUGUCUUCACUGAAGGAGACCUGGGAGACAGCGGGAAACGAAAGAAAAAAGGUACUGAAAUGGAACAAAUUGACUGCACCCCUCCUGAACAUAUCCUGCCAGGUAGCAAAGAGAGACCCUUGUGUGCCCUUCAGCCCCAGAACAGAGACUGGAAGCCUUUGCAGUGUCUGAAGGUAUUGACAAUGAGUGGCUGGAACCCUCCACCUGGUAACAGGAAGAUGCAUGGAGACCUCAUGUAUUUAUAUGUCAUCACAGUGGAGGAUCGACAUGUCAGUAUCACUGCAUCCACUAGAGGAUUUUACUUGAAUCAGUCUACUGCGUACAACUUCAAUCCCAAGCCUGCAAACCCCAGUUUUCUCAGCCAUUCCCUGGUGGAACUGCUUAACCAGAUCAGCCCUACCUUCAAAAAAAACUUCUCUGCUCUGCAGAAGAAACGGGUUCAGAGACAUCCUUUUGAGAGGAUAGCAACUCCUUUCCAAGUGUACAGCUGGACAGCCCCACAAGCAGAACAUGCCAUGGACUGUGUCCGAGCAGAAGACGCGUACACUUCCAGGCUGGGCUAUGAAGAGCACAUACCUGGACAGACCAGAGACUGGAACGAAGAGCUGCAGACCACGCGAGAGCUGCCACGCAAGAACCUGCCUGAGAGGCUGCUGAGAGAACGAGCCAUUUUCAAGGUUCACAGUGACUUCACUGCAGCAGCAACAAGAGGUGCCAUGGCUGUCAUUGAUGGCAAUGUCAUGGCCAUCAACCCCAGUGAAGAGACCAAGAUGCAGAUGUUCAUCUGGAACAAUAUAUUCUUCAGUCUGGGCUUCGACGUCCGUGACCACUACAAGGACUUUGGUGGGGAUGUUGCUGCUUAUGUAGCACCUACCAAUGAUCUCAAUGGUGUGCGGACCUAUAAUGCUGUGGAUGUAGAAGGGCUGUACACUCUGGGGACUGUGGUGGUGGAUUACAGAGGUUACAGAGUGACAGCUCAGUCUAUUAUUCCUGGGAUCUUGGAAAGGGAACAGGAACAGAGUGUCAUCUACGGGUCAAUAGACUUUGGCAAGACAGUUGUCUCACAUCCUAAGUACCUGGAGCUGCUAGAGAAGACCAGCAGACCGCUAAAGAUCCAGAAGCACAAAGUCCUGAAUGACAAGAAUGAGGAGGUGGAGCUGUGCUCCUCAGUGGAGUGCAAAGGCAUUAUUGGCAACGAUGGGCGUCACUACAUCCUGGACCUGCUGCGCACUUUCCCUCCAGAUCUAAACUUCCUACCUGUUGAAGGGGAGGAGAUGCCAGAGGAAUGUAAGAAAAUGGGGUUCCCCAAGCAGCACAGACACAAGCUUUGCUGUCUCCGGCAAGAGCUUGUUGAUGCCUUUGUAGAGCACAGGUAUCUCUUAUUCAUGAAGCUGGCUGCAUUGCAGCUGAUGCAACAGAAAGCCAACAAACAGGAGAGCUCAGAUGCACUGGAAAAUGGCACCUCUCCGGAGAAUGGUACAGCAGAGAGCGAGAAAUCUGAGUCAGAUGAUGGUAAAACAGAUGACAACGUGACUGGACUUGAUCAGGUUAAAGAGCUGGCUGAGACCAUUGCCUCUGAUGAUGGAGCAGUCGAUCCCAAAAGCAGAGAAGUGAUCCGAAAUGCUUGCAAGGCUGUGGGCUCCAUCAGUGACACAUCGUUUGACAUUCGGUUUAACCCAGAUAUUUUCUCACCAGGUGUUCGUUUUCCUGAGUCUAGCAAAGAGGAGGUGCAGGAUCAGAAGCAGUUACUGAAGGAUGCUGCUGCAUUCUUGCUCUCAUGCCAGAUCCCAGGUUUGGUCAAGGACUGCCUGGAUCACACGGUGCUCCCCAUGGAUGGGGCUACCUUAGCAGAGGCCAUGCACCAGAGGGGCAUCAACAUGCGAUAUCUAGGCAAAGUGAUCCACUUCAUCACCAAGACCCCCGGCCACGCUCAGCUGGAUCACAUCUUUAAAAUUGGCAUCAGCGAACUGAUCACUCGAUCUGCGAAACACAUCUUCAAGACGUACCUCCAGGGUGUGGAGCUGUCAGGUUUAUCAGCAGCCAUCAGCCACUUCCUCAAUUGCUUUCUAAGCUCCUUUCCAAACCCCAUUGCCCAUCUUCCAGCUGAUGAGCUGGUCUCCAAGAAAAAAAAUAAGAAAAGGAAAAACAGGAACCUUGGAAAUGCUGAUAACACAGCUUGGGCCAGCAUGACCCCUCAGGAGCUGUGGAAGAAUAUUUGUUCAGAAGCAAAGAGCUACUUUGAUUUUAGUAUUGAAUGUGAGAAUGCUGACCAAGCAGCUGAAAUGUAUAACCUACAGAAAAUCACCCUUCUUCGUGAAAUCUCCCUCAAAACUGGAGUCCAAAUACUGCUGAAGGAGUACAACUUUGACAAUAGGCACAAGCCCACCUUCACAGAGGAAGACAUUCUCAACAUCUUCCCUGUAGUGAAGCACGUAAACCCUAAAGCCUCAGAUGCUUUCCACUUCUUCCAGAGCGGGCAAGCAAAGGUUCAGCAAGGUUUCUUGAAGGAAGGCUGUGAGCUCAUCAAUGAAGCCUUAAACUUGUUCAACAACGUGUAUGGUGCUAUGCAUGUAGAAAUCUGUGCCUGCCUGAGGCUGCUAGCUCGUCUCAAUUACAUUAUGGGAGAUUAUUCAGAGGCCUUAAGCAAUCAGCAGAAAGCGGUGCUAAUGAGUGAGAGGGUCCUGGGCAUCGAACAUCCCAACACCAUUCAAGAAUACAUGCACCUUGCUUUGUACUGCUUUGCAAACAGCCAACUCUCUAUAGCAUUAAACUUACUCUACCGUGCACGCUACCUCAUGCUGUUGGUAUUUGGGGAGGAUCACCCAGAAAUGGCACUCUUGGACAACAACAUCGGCCUGGUGCUCCACGGCGUUAUGGAGUACGACCUGUCCCUCCGCUUCCUGGAGAACGCGCUGGCCAUCAGCUCCAAGUAUCACGGCUCCAAGUCUUUGAAGGUUGCCCUCAGCCACCACUUGGUAGCUCGAGUGUAUGAGAGCAAAGCAGAAUUCCGGUCAGCACUGCAGCACGAGAAGGAAGGCUACACAAUCUACAAAAACCAGCUUGGAGAACACCAUGAGAAGACCAAAGAGAGCUCAGAGUACUUGAAAUACCUGACUCAGCAAGCUGUUGCUCUUCAACGCACAAUGAAUGAGAUCUACAAGAACGGCUCCAAUGCUAACAUCAUGCCACUCAAGUUCACAGCUCCCAAUAUGACCAGUGUCCUGGAGCAGCUGAACAUUAUUAAUGGAAUUCUCUUCAUUCCGCUAAGCCAAAAAGACUUGGAGAACCUUAAAGCAGAGGUGCAGAGACGCCAGCAGCUCCAAGAAAGCAUGAAAAGUGGCGAACAGCUGGAACCAGAGGACAGAGCCGGGGAGGAUAAAGAAGCGGAGCCAAGCAUGCCUUCUGCUGCCAUCCCCUUAACACAGAGCCCUGCUUAAUGUGUACCUCGCUUAAAAAAGUUAAACCACCCUUUUCUGAAUCUGAACCAGGGUCUUGGACUCCCCUGGAGCAGCUCCUUUUUUUUUUUUUUUUGACAAUGUUAUUGCACUGGUACAAUUAAUACACAAUGCAAAGAACUAAUCUGAGAAAUGUAAUCUGUCUGACCGAGCUUGUAUCUGCCACGCAAAGGGGGCAGGGGCCAGGAUGCAGCAGCAUACGAAAGACCCAUCCUUGGUGAGCACAGCCAGAGGCUGUUGUGCCUGUGUGUGUGUACGUGUGUGUGUGCACAUAUCAUCAGUUAUUUCUACUCUGUACAUAUGAAUUCCAAAUGAACUGUCUUGAGCUAUAUAACAUUUCUCAGGUCAUUUUUAUGUUGACUAAGUACUCAGCUUUGCUAAAAACCAGUACAAAAAAGCCCCUAACCACUCCCCAGCAUUCUUGUAAAAUGUGGAUUUCCAAGCCAAGAGAUUCAUUUCCCCUCACUCCUUGUCCCAAUUUGUGCUAAGAAAAAUGAAGCAGCCAUAUUUGUAUCAUUGAGAUGACUAAAGCCUGUAAUGUGAGUAAGUGGGGAAUGUACAGCAUUUUCUACAUCAGGAUCUAGAGCCAUUGGAUUCCUUUAACCAUUUUUUCUACUUUUGGUUGGCAGUUUGGCAGGUCAGGGUGUUUUUUUUUUGUUUUUUUUUUUUGUUUUUGUAACAUUCAUGUUCUAAUUGUCAAGAUACAGAGAUAAAUAUAUAUAUAUAAAUAUAUAUAAAUAUAUAUAUGAUACUCACAGUUCCACCUCUGCUCUGCUUGCAGCUGAGUAACAGGAUACUGUACCCAAAGAGUGAGGGCUGGGUCUUGAUGUUCAAAGCGCACAAACUUCCAUUCCAGCGGAAACCCAAGUGCCUGGGAGAGACUGGUAAUGGCAGCAUCCAAGGUCUGAGGGAGGAGCUAACAGUGGCCCUAUUAACAGAGGGGAGAACAGGGGAGGAGAAGUCAGAAAUGGGGACUUGAUCUUAUCUGAAAUAACCGUAACUCAGAGCUCAUCGCUGUUAACCCCACUGCCAAAUGUAACUGAAUUGGAAUCACAAGUGUCUCACAGCCUGAAAUUGCUGGGCUUUGGGGUGGGGCAGUGGUCUCUCCCAGCACUGAAACCUGUGGCCAUUAUCUUGGUAACGAGUAUCUUUGCACACUGGGCUUGAGAUUGUCCCCAGGGGAGUUUCCAUUGCUGGCAAUGGAUGUUGCUUUUAAAUGAGUAUGUCUGUAUUUCCCCCUCUGCACCACGCACAUCCCAUUGUCACUCUGCAGGCUCCCGGCAGCACCGGUCACGCAGCAGGUCAGAGUUCACCUCUGCAGGCCCUGGGAUGCCAACGGAGCGGAAUGUCCUUUUUUCCCCAACGGAUCGAGCUGUAGAGCAACUUGUGGUUGCUAACGCAUCCUGCACUGUGCUGGCAGAGGAGCCCAGGCUCAUUUUGUCUGUCACAGCUAAGUACUCUGUGCUAAUUUGCAUCGCUUCUUUUACUGACCUUCUGGAGAAACAAGUGCUGUCACUGUGCUCUGUACCUCGGGUUCCUGUACAGCACGGCAGGUAUUUGUGAGGGGAGCAAGGCGAGGUGGGCGCAGCACUGAGGCAUUAGGGGUGAAGCAGGAGGAGGCUUCUGCAAAAGAACUUGCUCCUAUAGGAAAAAUCUGAGUUCCAUGGAAAGCAAUCAAUAAAUGACUACAGUGCAUCUUUCCUACAAGAAUCUUCUUUCACUAGUGUGUUUUAGUCCAUUAAAAGCUUUUGAAACUAA